AUGGUCCUAUUUCUUCAAUGCCGACACUUCUAUUCUAUAAUAAUUCUCUGAUGUCAAGAAACGACUAAAGGGCAGAAAAAGCUUUAUUGCUAUUAGCGCCAAGACCUAUUAUUGUCACUAACUCUAGUCAAGAAAUAUGAUGUGCCAUUUAAACAAAUACUUGAUGUGCCAUGUGCCAUUUAAACAAAUUCACGACGUUUAAAAUACCGACCUCGCCUUUAUUCAUCGUAAUCCUGAAAUCUUCGUGUGACUUGCCAUGUCUGUGUUUUCAAGUUAGUCCCUUAUCAGGGCGCUUGAACUUGCGUCUGUCAUCUUGCGCGUCUCGGUCACCGUCAACACUCAACAGCGAUCUGGCGUCAGGAUGCUGUUGGCUGUCGGGAAGAGUGAUUGUACGUGUGCCUGUGCGGUCCUAAUCUCCAUGCCGUCGCGUUGAAAGUUUAUUUACAGGAGGUCGUUUUCACUGUGAUAGAAAAAUUUGCAUUAUAGAGGAAACUGACUGUCGCCUUCUUUCAAGGGGCACGUGAAGACAGCAUAAUCUGUUUACAGGGAUCGCAAUAUGGCGUCGCAGUUCACAAAGGCAAGUUCGUGCGACUCUGGCAGUUCUCGGCGGUCUUCGUACGACGCAGAAGACCGAGCCUCCACUCGUGAGUGGCUCGAGACCAUCUUGACGAGCUUCCAUCGCACCAAGGAGUCGAUAAAUUCAACUGAGAUAGAGGUGCAUGACUGGCGCAUAGGCACCGUACGCUGCGGACCUCCCGUGAACAAAUGUGGCCAGAUGUCCCAUCGCGCGCCUUCGAAAGAAGAGGAAGCAAGAGGCGAUUACGAAGUGUCGAGCCUGAUGGAGCUGCUGGCAGUUCACGCCGAGUACUCGCUGGACAGCUCUCCGAGGUCCCUGGACAUGGUGGCCAAGCUGCCCCCUGCAGACGACAUGUCGCGUGCCUUCAUGCUCGAGUGGGCCCUCGACACGCGAGAGAUCAGAUUCUACACCGAGGUACUGCCAGCUUUGGAGGCAAUCAUCCCUGCCCUGCCACUCCCUAUUUGCUACUAUGCGUCGUGUUCUGAGAAGUCCGAAUCCGUAUUGGUACUAGAAGACUUGACAUCGAAAGGUUUCUUCACCGAGUCCCUUUCCAAAGGGCUGUCCCUCCCUCAAGGCAUAGCUGCCGUCAAGGCUCUCGCUAAGGUCCACGCAGCUUCUUUUCUGUACUCCGCUAAAAAUAAUUACGAUAUCAGGCAAAAGUUUCCGUACCUUUUGACAGCCGCACAAGCUUCGGCAUCAUUCCACAGCUUAGUCGAGAGAGGACUUCCUCUGCUCAUCAAGUUCCUGCAGAAAAAAAGUCAAUACAAAACCACCAGGGAAAAGCUGCAAAAAUACCAGGAAGGGACCAGGAUGGCCGAGGUAAUCCAAAAAGCUUUCAAACCCUCGCCUAAACUCAACACCUUGGUUCAUUGUGACUUCUGGGCGAACAAUCUUUUAUUCGCUGGUGAGGAACCACAAAUCUUGUGUUGCCUCAUUGACUGGCAGCUCGUGACCUACGGCAGUCCUGCCAUUGACUUGGCUCUCCUUCUGUCAACUUCCUUCACUCCAGACGUCAGACGGGACUCGCGGCAUACUUUGCUCUCCGUCUACUGGUCUGAUUUUUCUGCCCAUGUCGCAGACGGCGGAGGCGCCGAAUUACUCAAGAACUGCGCACUCGAAGACCUCAUGGACGACAUGACGAGAGCAGAAGCCAUGUCCGCCCUCGUCAUGGUUGGAAGCGUUGACUUGGCUCUUGGAGUACCAGAGCGCGAGGACAGAGUAUUGUCCAUUCUCAACGAUUUCUUCGAAGCGGAAAUACUUUAAAGUACGGAACAGAAUUAAGUAGCUCAGAAUCUUUGUAAAUUUUCAUAACUAACUUCGAAGUUUAAAUACUGUUUAAAAAAUGUUGGUGUGGUAAAUUUUCAUCUGAUUUCAUCCAGAAGGAAAUGACGAUUUUGGUGUUAUAAAUCUAGAAAAUAUCCUAAAUUACGGAAGCAAAUAUCAACCUUCAUGUUUACAUUCCGUGACCAAUUCAAUCCAAAGAAGGUAAUUAAUUUUGAUUAUCACAAACAAGAAUCUUACAAUCACUUCUGCAUAAUGCAUAUCAAUCGACCGCAUCCUGGGCAGCCAAGCCAUCGUCUUGUAUGAAAUCUUUGAUUCAAUUGCAACUUUCAUGAAAUGACUUGGAAUAGAAUUCGGUGAUAAAUUAAUCAUGAUUGUUUUUUGGCUCGGUAUUGCAUUUUCUUACUGCAAUCUGUCAGGACUAACCAGUGUCACUACGUUUAGUCGUUCAAUAUAUUGACAAUGCUUAAAGUGAAACUACUAUUCUUCGAUUCAUCGCAUGUGCUGCAGUAGCGAGUAUUUUCGCAUGUCGGAGCGAGUAUCACUUUUUCUUCUUAUCAAUUGGUCCAUGGCUCUCGCCUAGUUGUGAUUUGAUUUUUUAAUUUGAAACAAUCGGUCUCAUACGUCUGACAAAAUUUUCAAAAUCCUCUGGAUUUGAAUGAUCUUUAAAGAUUUUUCAUUGUUUUGACGGCUCUCAAUGUGUAAAACGAAAAAGAUUUCCACUCGCUCUAGAGUUAAGUUUGUCGCCAUCCUGACCAAUUUUACCUAUAAGUGUGACGUAAUAUUCUGGCAUUGUCCCAGUGUAAUGUACUCAGCUCAGCUCUCAGCACCCACGCUCACAGUUAACAUGCACGCUUGUCUUCAAUGAAGGCAGCGAAACCUCAAUGUCGCAUAUGUAUUUGGAUUAAAACUUUCAUUGAAACUCUAGUUCCAAUCGUGACAAAAAAUGUUAACCUUUAAGGAGAACGAUAAGGAACUUUUUUGCCGUUUCAUCUUGAACUUCCGUAAGGUGUGUAGGGCUGACCAUUAUAACAAAUUGAAUGAAAUGUCAACAUAUCUUCAGUUAUUCAUUACAACUGGCUUCUAAAUGGUCAUUGCUUUAUGCUAGAUACCGAUCAUAAUGCUUCACUAAGCCUACCUAAAGUUGGAUGUUUUUCUCUCUUGUGUUAAGGGAACCCACCUGUGUUGAAAGCGUAUCCCCUCGUUUCCUGUUGUGGAUAAUCAUUGGUCCCAUAUAGCAAUAAAGCAUCGCAGCGAAGUUCGACAGCUGUGUAUUCAGGACUAGGGUAUGGAAUCCAUGUUCAGUCUUCAGAUCUGAAAGUUUCUACUCUAAAGCGCGUGGUUUUUUAUGAUGAUAGCUGCCGCUGCGCUGAUUUUUCGAUUUGCGGUUUUCACGUGACCGAGGAAUGGCCAGCGCUCGGCUAGAGCUAAUUGGCUCAGGCCGACUGCCUGUUAUUAGUUUUGGAGCGAUGUUCGUGUUUAAACUAGACAGCAAAAAACAACAAAUCACGCACUGAAACACUUUUAUCACACAAUUAUUCUGUACGAAAGAUAAUUACGUAAUUGAGUGUAAUUAGAACAACUAUCGAAAAAAAUCAUUGUUCUCAUAUGGAGGAAUUACUGCCAGACCCUAAAUGAGUGUUUAGUUGGACAAAUCACUCCCUCGAUUCUCAACUGCGCGAUUAUGUGUUCAGAUAUCCAGUCGGUUUUUCUAGAGCUAAAAAGAGUGUUGUAUGUGUGGAUCUUUGUUACUAGAGUAGAUGUCAAUUUGAUUCCUGUUAUUUUUAAGAUGAGAUGACUGGAACCGUAUUCUAAUCUGCUGAGUUGUCUAAGGAAAAAAUUCAGUUAUGUUUGCAGGUCUUAAAAAUAUUGGCCUUGAUCUUUUAGCCAAAAAACAACAUCGCUUCCUACAUUUCUUCCAUGCAAAGCCAUGACAACUCGAAAAAUGUCAAUUUCACGGGACCAUUUUUAGUGCUUGUUUGACCAAUGAGCAGGUAACUGGCACCGGAUACAGCUGGAUAACUGAAGGGCCCCAGUCUUUUUCGAGUCAGGCUCCCGAGUCUUUCUCGGCUCAUCUUCCAACCUACCUAACCCUUCGGGAUUUGGCUCCAAACCAGCCGAACUGAGCCAAAUAGAGACGAGCCGAGCCUGACUACAGGGCCCAAGUCACCGAGUCUGACUCGCGAGUAUUCAUCAGAGUAUUCAUCGGAAAUGAAUACUCAUCUCCGAUGAAUACGUGAUAUCGGAGCUAGUAUUCUUCGGAGUAUUCGCCGAACCCGCCAGUAUUUGGCGCCUGACGAGCCCAGCGAGGCAGAAUAAAGCAAGUACUCGUACAAUGCAAGGCUGUGUCCUCCAAUGCUUGCGAUGGGCUCUGCUCGGCGGGGCUUGGGCGGGUAGAUUAUCAGCUCGCCAGUGCACGGUGCAAUGAGAUCGUGAACGUUAGUUUAGUGAUUAGUCGAUCCGCGAAUGAUACAAAAGUUAUAAUUUUUCCGUUAAAAAUGUCUAACAUUGUUCAGUAACAUGUUUUAACAACGGGCUUUUCCAAUGAAAUUAAAAAAUUCGUUAGUCUAAAUCUCGGUAUAAUCAGAAACCAAUUCUUUGACCAAAUUGCACUCGCUCACGUUUCUUCUUACAUGCAUCAUGCUCAUCUUGAAUGUCUGAAUGUUGAGUGGAAAUUUAAUUGUGCUGCGUGGUAAUUGCUGUGUCCGAAUUUUGUAUCCUGAAUAUUUGAAUUUUUACCAUUUAUUUUUAAAUUUAUUAUAUCUCCGUGUCCAGUGUUUCGCAAUACCGUGAAACCUGUGCAUUGUUCUGCAACCCCAUUUUUUAUGUAACCAAAAUCAUUGCACUUCACAUCGAACAGUAUCGGAAAAUCGCGUACAACUCGUUAAACUAAACAAUAAAUUAUU